UCGCCAUCUCCACCUUCCUCCGCCAGAAACGAACAGAACUUUGCGAAAUUCUCCGUAUAUUCUGCCCAGACCUCCCCAAGCUCGACCUCCAUUGACGCUCCCGCAGCUCUCCCCCUCGCCGCCCCACUGACGCCGCCGCCGCCGCCGCCGCCGCCGUAUCCGAGGCCGAGAUUCGCGCGCGCAGCGGACUUGACGCAAUGGGAUUGUUACGGCGGAUUGCGGGGUUCCUAGGUUUCGGGCGGGACGAGGUCAACAGGGACGACGAGGAUCAGCGGCAUCACCGGGGAGACGACGGAGAAGGGCGAGACGGUGACGGAGAAGGGGAGGAUCCCACGAAUCCGGCCGGCAGGGGGGCCCGGAGCUACCAGGAGACCGGCCCCCCCCGCAGAGGGUUCAGCGUCCCGGUCAAGGUCGCCGUCGACCGCCCGGGCCCCGUCCUCCUCCCCUGCGAUUCCGGCGACGGCGGAGUUCAGGGUCUCCUGUGGUGCGCAAAACGACUGAGGAUCGAUGAAGAUGGGGAUGUGGCCCAUGAGUUUCUUGAUGAGGUGUUGCCGGAUGCUGCUGAGCCGGAGGAGAGGCCGCAGCCGAAGUUCGCUGCGCGGUACAGUACACGACCAGCUACGGUCAAGAAUCAGGUAAUUUCCCACGAUGGCAAGGUCCAACACUGUGUGGAACACCAUGGUAGACUAGAGUGGGUAUGACCCUAACAAGCACCCGUGGAAGAAUGCCCUACUCCACUUCUAGGAACUUUUAUCCUCUCCUCUGGGAAUCCUGCAUGAUUUUUUUUUGGCAAUUCAUUGCGAAUUAUUCUUGUAACUGUACUGAUAGACAGAAACUUCAUAUUGCAGACAUUACUGUAUCCUUAUUAAAAGGGAUAGUGUAUAUUAUAACUUUUAAACUUUCCCUUAUGAAAAUGUCAUAUCCUACUCUGAUUUUG